AUGGGAAUUCAUGGGCUAUCCUAUUUCAUCAAAUCUCUGCCCUCCAUCAUCGACAAUGUAAAAUGGAAGAUUGAACCAGCAGCAGAUAGAUUCUCAGCAAAGAAAGACGAUGGAGAUCACUUUAUCAUAGACGGCAACGCAUUUGUCUACCACAUUGCAUUCGAGCAUAGAACAAACUGGACACAUGGAGGCCAAUAUGCUCAUAUCGCAGACGUUGUUGCAAAGACCAUUGACAGUCUCCACAGAGCUGGUAUCCAACUUACCUUUCUGUUUGACGGUGCCUUACCGCAAGACAAGCUGGAUACAAGAGUCAAACGUCAUAAAUCGUACAUUGAACGAUGUGCAUCCACCUACUGGAAUCUCAAGCAGAUCAACACCAGCAACAAGCAUGCAGAUGAAGAAAGACAAAACGGCAUUCAAUACUAUGGCGAUCUCUUCCUUAUACCCCCAUUGACACUAGAAGUGAUUGUUCAAACACUCAAAGAGCUCCAAGUCGAGAUUCAAGUAUGCGAGGCAGAAGCAGAUGGCGAGGUCGUCAGCAUGGCAGCAAGAGAAAGGGCCUAUGUGGUAUCUCAAGAUUCGGAUAUGCAUGUAUACCCUGAUGUAGGCAAAGGCUACAUCCCUUUUGAAUCACUCACUAUCCCUAUACAAGACACAGACAGCGACUAUAUAUCAGCAAGCGUGUAUCAUCCCGAGACGUUGGCAAAAUCCUUGAAUCUAGAACCUUAUCAGCUACCGUUGUUUGGCACCCUUUUAGGAAACGAUUACAUUGAUGCAGACCUGGUGAGGUUUCCAAUUGGACAUUGGUGUAGUGUAGAAGGAAUCCAUGUCACCAAGAACAAUCAGAGUGGAUGGCCCAAGGUGGUUGCAGAGUUUAUCAGAAGAAACACACAUGUUCAAGGGGGAAAAGGCAAAGACUGCAUUAUUCAGAAUAUAGCAGAUCAAUUAAAGCCAAUUAUUGCCAGAAGCAGCAUGAAGUCCAGAGAGGAAAAGGCAAGUGGGCUUGAAGAUCGAAUGAUCAACUCGAUUUGCCGAUACGACGCCUUCAGUCCACUCCUCAAACACUCGCCAGAUCAAGAAUGUGGCUCCUCCAGCAGCACGCUGAUUGACACUAUCAGCCGCCAAUUUACGCAUACCAAAACCCUCAGCCGACAGAUCAUGGAUGUCAUUACAAGCAAUACAUUCUGGACCAGCAUCUUUAUCGAGGAUAUUGAAAGAGAAUCAAGCUGGGAUAUAAGCAGAUCAUUGAGACAAGGCGUCUAUGGAUGCGUGCACGAAACACUAGGGGAUCAGCAGCAGCAGCAGCAGCAGCAGCAAGAAGCCAAGAAGAAUGAAAUUACAGUCCAAGAGCAUGUUCGAGAAAAGCAACAUUUAGAAGUAGUGCAAGUGAUAGGAGGUGUCAUCACAUAUCAAAGGUCAACGGCUCUUGAUGAUUUCUAUCGAUUCCAUGUGAGCAACGAAACCCACAUUUUACACCACAACCCUAUCCUUCACCCGCUGAUUCUGUGUAUGCGAUACAUGAUAUACCACUGCUCGCAAUCGAUUGACAAUGGGCGUCUCUUCAACUAUGAAGUGGUUGCCAUGAUUGUAUCCACACUGAGAUCACUUGCCCCUACACUAGGCUACUCGACUCAAGACGAGGUGCCCUGUCCUGAUAUAGGCGUACCUGCCCUGAAAAAAAGGUCUAUCCAUCUUGCAUCCCAGUACCAAGGCGUCAUCUACUCAUCCUUUCUGCUGUCUCAAAUGCUCGAUAUAGCCAAUUACCUACAAUCGCCGCAUGUUCUUGCACACAUGUACCAUGGGCUCUACUUUCAUUAUUACAUUGAAAUUGCACGUGGAGGUGUCAGUAUCAGCAGAAUGCUUCACCAUGUCACACCCGCAUUCAAAGCACUUUUUUGUUCCGUGUACAAAUCCAUCAUGACAGAUUUAUACGACCAAGUGCUAGACGUGUUUGAUUAUGAUAUCAUCACCUCAGCUAUGGAAGAAUGGACGAUAUCCGACAAUAAACCAAAGAGGUUAAUUUCGCUAAAUAGCAGCAAUCAGCCUGAAAAGAAGAAAAAGAAGAAAUCCCCAGCAAAAUCUAGCAACAUCACAGCAACACCGCAAAAUAGGAGCACAAAUGCGUUUAAUGUAUUGAGUUUUGGAUGCAAUUUCGAUGAAUAA